AUGGCAACAUUUGCCCAUCCAAAAUCAACACCAAACAAGUUUCUGCCUGUCAUCCACACCAUGACUUCCAGCUACAAGAACCGUUUCCCUUACUACCCCUUGGCUCACUGCUCCAGCCUUCCCUGGAUGCCCAGCAGCUACUAUAAAACUGCUGCCAUCAACCCAACCUUGGCUCCCUUCUCCAGUGACUCCCAGGACCUAACCUCCAGCACGAAGCUUCCUUCUAUUUCCACCCAAACAGCCCUCUGCACCAGGUACACCCCUGACGACUGGUGCAAGUCCAACCGCAGCAGCUACAAGGGGUCUGAGACCUCCCGGCGUGACGCAGAGCACCUGAGAGCUGACACCACCCGCCUGAUCCAGGAGAAAUGCCACCAGACAGAUAAAAACCAACAGGAGAGCACCAAAAACCUGGGCGAACGCGUCCAGGAUAUUGGAUUUUGGAGAUCAGAGCUGUGCUGUGAGCUGGAGAAGAUGGUUGGGGAGACCAAUGCACUCAUGGACAUGAAGAAAGGGCUGGAACGAGCCCUGGCCGAGACUGAGGCCCCUCUCCAGGUCGCUCAGGAGUGCCUGCUGCACCGGGAGAAGAGGCUGGGCACCGACCUGGUGCACGACGAAGUGGAGGAGCAGCUCCUGGCAGAAAUCAAGGUCAUCAGGUCCUGCCAGGAGAGGAUGCGGCAGAUCCUGCAGAAGGCGAAAGGGCAGCUCAAGUCCAACAGGGCGGCCCAGCACGAGGUGGAGAGGGACCUGGCCAACAAGCAGACAGCCCACAGCAUCGACCAGAGGUGCCACCAGCUGAGGAACACCUCCGAGGGCAUCAACUACCACCAAGGGGUGGAGAAGGUCGAUGACACGAUCUCAGUGCCAGAGUCAUGGGCCAAGUUCACAGAUGCCAACAUCCUGCUGUCCCAGCGGGAGCGGGCAGCCUCCGCAGAGCUGCGGGACAACAUCCAGACCCUGCUGGAGGUGACGAGCAACGAGAUGCGGCGCCAGUUCCACGAGGCCAACGUUGCCUUCACCAACCGCGUGGCAGAGACAGCAGAUGCCAAGAGCAAGAUCCAGGCCCACCUGGCCAAGACACUGAGGGAAAUCUUCCAGAUUGAGACGAGCAUAGAGGACAUCCGCAAAACCAUCCGAGACCAAGAGCCUGCCCUGAAGGUGGCGCAGACCCGGCUGAAGCAGCGCACCCGGAGACCCGACGUGGAGCUGUGCCGGGACACUGCCCAGCUCCGCCUUGUCAGUGAGGUCCAUGAACUUGACAAGACAAUCCAGGCCCUUCAGAAGCAGCUGAGAGACACCCAGGACAGGCUGCAAGUGCUGGCUGACAUCAAGUUAGUCCUGGAGCAUGACCUGGCCAUCAAAGCCAACUCCCUCUUCAUUGACCAGGAGAAGUGCCUGGGGAUGAGGAAGAGCUUCCCCAGCACCCUGCGUCUGCUGGGCUGUGGUUAG